AUGUCUAAGGGUAUCACCCCCAAUGAGGAAGAGCCUCUAUUGAGUCAGCCUCAAUUGCAUCAGUCUCCAUCGAAUGAUAAUUCACCCCCAUCGUAUACCGGGGAGGAUGAAGAGAGAGGUAUAAGUAUGAUGCAUGAUUACGAGCAUGUUGGAGAUGCUCGAAACAGUUUCUACAAGAAGAUCUCGUUGACACUUUACAGUGUAGUAUUUGUACUUCUGAUACUACUAACAGUUGCCUUAGUCCUUUUAUUCCAGCAGAAGGAUGUUGUGGUAAAUGAGAUUAUCCAAGUUCAAUUGGAUCAGCUUUCCAUAGUCAACUCGGAAGUUGCUGAGUUCCUGGGGAGUGUAGCUAUUGAUUAUACCCAAGCAUCCAAUCCCGUAUUCAGAAAUCUCUUGAUGUUUAGUGCUGUAUUGGUAGGGAAGCUCAUUGUUAUUCCUGAAAGAGAUUUGGAACUCUCGAUAAUGAAUAAUGAUAAGACGUAUCAUUUCUUAGACAUUCUACCCUUGGAAUCCAUUGUUUUGGAGGUGAAUCGACUCAAUGAGUUAGAAAUCAAAAUGACCUACAAAAUUGUCAACAUGGAAAAUUUAAUAAGACUUACGGACAUGUUUCUUCUCAAUGGGUCUUUUACGUUACAAUUGACAGAUUGGUUGUCCAUACCCCAUUUACAAGUAAACCAAGUAAUUCAUGUGAAAUUCGAAUGGGAUACCCUAAACCAAUAUCUACCUCAAGUGUCUAAUUUGACUAUAAUGGAAAAGUCAGAUAGAAUAAUGGCUAAGGUAGACAUAGAGGACGGAGAUAAGAAGUUCCAUUUGAAUACUACUUUGGAUUUUGAUUUGAUGUUCCCCUGUAAAAACAAAUUGGUUACGUUAGGUGAAGACUGGAAAAUAAAUAGACAUCAAAUUCUGGGAGAAAUCUCAAGAAUUGAUAAUAAAUUAAUUGAGUGUUCCUUUCUUAAUUCAAUGCUUCAACGAUUACUCCUGAAUGAUCUGAUUCCUUUCAACAUUGGGUUCCAUAAUGCAUUCAUUGAAAUCAAAAUACCAUCAUCAUAUUUGUUGAGUGCAUAUUCAGCACUGCCCAAGCUUGAUGGUUUAGAUAUAGGUAUUGAAGAUCUUACGGUGAAAGCCACGGACAAUGAGUUGCCUUACAUUGAAUGUGAUGUUUCGUUUAAUGAUACCUUCUUUCAAAUUAAUCAAUUUCAAAGUGCAAUUGCAUCUAUUAAUGAAGUGGUAACUGUAUCGGCCAAAGCAUUUUCUAACGAAGGUCCAAUUGGCGAAAAGAAGAAGAAAAAGCACAACAAAAGAAGACUGCAAUUUCAUUUGGAUAUAAAGUUUGAAGAAAUCAUUGAGGAUAAUUUUGUUAACCUUGUAAGAAACAUGGUUAAAGGGAUCACAAACGAAUUGGUAUUCAAUUCAAUUGAAAUUUAUGAAAUGGAAUUUGAAUCAACUAUACUCGAAACAAAUUUGGAUUUCAAUUUAACAGAUAUUACAAUUCCUUUUGAGUUUGAGUUGGUCAGCCAUCUAUUGAAUCACUCAUCAAACGGAUUAUCGUUUUCUAUUGCUAAAGUUGAAUAUGUUGCGUCGACAGAAGAUAUGCUUGAAGUCAAUGUUAUAGCUGAAAUAUUCUCUCUGAAGUUGGAUAUUACUUUGUUAGGACAAGAUAUUGAGCUCAAUAUAAGCACGGGCGAAAAAGAACAACUUCCAAUUGGUACAGCAGCUUUCCGUGACUUAUUUGUGAAUAAGAGAGUCAACGAUACUACUAUUAACAGUCGUCGUCUUCCUACAGUUAUGGCACUAAAGUUAUACAAAUCUGAAUGGUUAGGAGACAUUUUAGGAGAUUUUGUUUCUAAUAAACCUUAUCAGUUGAAUCCCUUUGAAGUAACUAAUCCUGAGAAAGGGUAUAUUAAUGGAGUUUUAAACGAAUUGAAACAAUUUUUACCCAAUAUAAGUCUGUCUGAAUUUGCCAAACCAUUAAUUGACAAAACUACCAUCUAUUUAUUCAACCAAGAGAUUGAAAUCUUUUUCCAUAAUCCUUGUGAUAUUGCCUUACUAUUAAACAUUAAAUCAGGGAAAGCAUAUUUAACUCGAGAUGUUGAUGACGAUAAUACGUUGGUAGGAGAAUUCAAAGAACAAGUAAUGUUAAUUAUACCACCAGGUGAUUCCAAAUCUCAUAAGAUUCCUAUACGGAUAAACCCUGUAUCUGCUCAAGAACUCCGUAGGUAUUUGAAUUCUAAAAAUGGACUACAGAUUUGGAGCAAAGCUGAACUAUUUGUGUUUGUUGAAGACUUUAGUAUUGGUCUAAAUUAUACAGGGACCAAUGUGGUUGCUGAAGUUAAGCUUUAA